AAGUUAAAGUUGAGAUCUUUGUAACCGAUAGAUGAAUUAAAAUGGAGGUUGUUGAGAGGAAACGAUCCAGAGGAGGGUUUUUAAAUUUAUUUGAUUGGCAUGGAAAAUCCCGGAAGAAGCUCUUCUCCGGCAGCAGCUCGGAACUCUCAGAAGAAUCAAAGCAGACAAAACAGACUGCUCAAAACCUCUUGAAGUCGAGGGUUUCUCUUAUUGAGGUUGAUGAGAUUGGAAAGAGUUCAAAUUACAACCCGAGAAGUGACUCGAGCUGUUGUGCAUCUUCUGUUACCAGUGAUGAUGGACAGGGGACAAGAGCCCCGAGUGUGGUUGCGAGGCUUAUGGGUUUAGAGUCUCUACCGGUACCAAAUGUCCAGGAACCUCGACUUAAUCCCGAUCUUGAUCCGUUCAUCCUCAGAUCUUCACGAAACACUAACAGAUGGGAUGCAUAUGAGAAUCUUGGUUAUGUAAAUCUCCGUAGUGACUAUGAUGGUAUUUCCUGGGACCAUUUGGAUUCAAGAACGAAUAAUGGGCGCAACCAACCGAUUGAACGGUUUCAAUCUGAGACUUUUCCUCCCAGGUCAGCUAAACCGAUAUGUGUUACCAACAAUAGACACCUGUCUCCUAUCCGUAGUCCUGGAUUUGUCCCGUCCAGGAACCCUAUUUAUGUAAUGGAAGCGGCUUCAAGAAUGAUUGAACCAAGUCCUAGGAUGGUUGCUAGAACACGGUUUUCGCCAUCUAAUUCUCCUUCAUCAGUUCCUAUGAGGAUUCAAGAUUUAAGAGAGAAAUUAGAAGCUGCACAGAAAGUAUCUAGCCGUCAAGUCUCUAAUGAUACCUUCAACCUUAAGUACCCAAGUGGAAAGCACAACGAGAAGAGAACCGCAACAUCACUCAUGACACCGUCAACUAGUAAGUUCAUGGGAAAAAGCAGUUCUGAUGGUUUGAAGGGUAAAGUGAAGCCAUCUUAUGUAUCCGCACAAGCAAAGGCCAGUACAACGCCCUUAAGUGUCACCAGAAACUCUGCAAACCAAAAGGAGAAGGCAGAAACUAAAAAAUGCGUAGCCAAAAGCCAGAAUGGUCUCAGAGGCUCUCCCAUUAACUUGGGAAAGAGUAAGCAGAAUAACCAGAAACAGAACUGCAGAGACAACCAACCUUCAAUGACCUCUGUUUUAAACCAAAAAGGCAGCAAAAUAAAUAACAAAGUUGUAAUCAAGGUUCCAGUGGAAAGUGGAUCGAUAUCAAAGCAGUCAGGUUUAACAACGGCUUCGACGGAAAAGAAUACUUCUUUAUCUUUGUCACGCAAAAAGAGUCUUCCCCGGAGCAAAAAGGUCCCAAAUGGGAUGCAAAAAUCUGGAAUCUCCGAUGAUAAACGGACCAAAAGAAGUGAAAAUUUGAUCAAAUGUAACAUCACCAUUGAUGGUGGCUUGAACAAAGGCAAAGAUGAUCGGAAAAAGGAAAUGGAUGUGAUUUCAUUCACAUUCUCAUCCCCCAUCAAAGGUUUAUCAUCUGACUCCCUAUCCUCCACUCAAGGAAUUGGUCAAGACACAGACUCUCCAGUUAGUUUCAAUAUGAUUGGCGGCGAUUCCUUAAAUGUUCUGUUGGAGCAAAAGCUCAGAGAGCUGACUUCUAAACUUGAGUCUUCUAGCUGUAGCCUGAACCAAGAAGAGUCUUCAAGUUCCAUUUCAAAGGAUGAGGUGAACGGGAUGGUUUCAUUUUCAUCAGAAUAUGAAAAGUCGACCCAAAACGGUCUGGAUAAAGUUUUAUCGGAGAGUGAAUCUGUUUCUGACUGCACCUCAUUCUAUGACAAACAAAAAUUCCAGAUACAAGCAGAAGAGCACGAAGUUAGCAGCAUUAGCACUGUGACGGAAGCAGAUGAUCUCAGAAGCUCCUGCAGCAAGGGUUUCUCAGAUUGCAGACAGACCGCAGAAUAUGGGACAAUACAGUCCUCAUCAGAUCAAGAACUCACCUGGGUUUCAAAUGAGUCGCACCAAGCACAAGACGAGUCCGAGCUCUCAGAAUCUGUAAUAACACUGAGUUACUCAGAAGCCGAAGAAAGGCUUGACUGGGAGCUUGAGUACAUAUCCGAGAUCCUCGGGUCUGACCAACUGAUGGUGAAAGAAUUUGCUCUGGGGAUGGCCACUGACGUAUUACCUGCCAGCCUCUUUGAUGAAAUGGAAGGCCGAGGAGAAGCAACAGCAGCCAAAAUCAAGAGAAAGACACUGUUUGAUUUUGUCAAUAAGUGCUUAGCGCUCAAAUGCGAGAGGAUGUUUAUGGGUAGCUGCAGAGGGCUAUUGGGCAAAGGCGGGUUUUUGUUUGAACAAAGAGAUUGGUUAGCAGAAGAACUGAACAGAGAGAUUCAUGGGUUGAAGAAGAUGAGAGAGAUGAUGAUGGAUGAGCUUGUUGACAAAGAAAUGAGCAGUUUCGAAGGGAGGUGGCUUGAUUUCGAGAGAGAGACAUAUGAAGAAGGCAUUGACAUUGAGGGAGAGAUAGUCUCUACAUUGGUUGAUGAUUUAGUUAAUGAUCUUGUCUCAGGUACUCAAAGAAGAACAUUGAGGCAAAGGGAAGGGCUAGUUUCUACUUUAGUUGAGCCUGAUCUUCUCUCGGCAUUCUAGAUGCUUCUGGUGUGUCUUUUUAGAAGCUUCUUCUAACAGUUUCUCUGACAUGAGAAUUGAGAUGAAGUGAAAGUAGCCAAUAUCGAGGAGCAUUUUUCUCACAAUGUAAUUCACGAGCAUUCCUUCUUUUAUGUUUCUACUUCUAUUGAAAAUGCAAAUAAUAUGAUCAUUUUCCU